CCUUCCUCUUCCUUGCUUCUCAUCUCAACCAUCUCUGCAAUCAGCUACCAAAUAUCCGUUGACGUAGCGGAGGUCCGGCGAUGGCGCAGGAGGAGACAGAAGUCUCGACGGCGGCUGGCGAGCCCUUGGUCGAUGCUCCCUCCGCGGAGCCGCCGGCGGAAGGCGGCGCGGAGGCUACCGAAGUUCCUCCGGUCGGCGAUGCCAAUCCUUCCAAGGAGAAGAAGGAGCCCAAGCCUAAGAAAAAGCCCUCGGGUCCCCGGAAGCCCUCCGCCCACCCGCCCUACGCUGAGAUGAUUACCGAGGCGAUCGUGACGUUGAAGGAACGAACUGGCUCGAGCCAAUACGCCAUCGGCAAGUAUAUUGAGGACAAGCAAAAGGAUCACCUCCCAGGAAACUUUAAGAAGGUUCUCCUCGGCCAGCUGAAGAGGCUUGUGGCCGCCGGGAAGCUGAAGAAGGUAAAGAACUCUUAUAAACUCCCCGGCGCUCCGGCCGCUGUUUCCUCUUCUGCUGCCCCAGCCAAGCCGAAGGUGAAGGCUAAGGCUAAACCGAAAGCUCAGCCUAAAGCCGCUGCUAAGAAGCCUAAGGCGAAGCCUGCACCGGUCAAGCCCAAGGCGAAGCCUGCAGCGACCGCCAAGCCUAAAGCUAAGCCGGCGCCUGCUGCGAAACCAAAGCCUAAUCCAAAACCCAAGGCGAAGGCGAAGGCGAAGGCCAAGGCCAAGCCGGUGACCCCGGUUAAGUCCAAGGCCAAGCCUGCUCCGGCAGCGGCGAAGCCGAAGGCUAAACCCAAAGCACCAGCGGUGUCCAAACCAAAGGCCAAGGCGAAGCCCGCUGCCGCAAAGCCCAAACCAGCCGUGACGCGAUCUAAAGCGAAGCCGCCUGCGCCUCCCAAGCCAGCCGCGAAGGCAGCAGCGAAGGACACUCCGAAGAAGGCAGCAGCGCCGAAGGCUCCGGCCGCGGCUAAGAGGAAGGCACCAGCGCCGGCGGUUAAGAAAACGCCGGCGAAGAGAACCAAGAGGACGAAGUAGGCGGCCGAUUUUACUUGUUGAUUUCCUAGUUUUUUUUUUUUUUUUUUUUCCCUUUUCUCGUUUUGGUUAAUUUCUUUGUUGAAGUUGAACUGGCUGUUUGUUGUAAAUUUCGAGCGUUGGUUUGUGUGGCACAUCCUAGAAAAUUAAUAUUAGUCGUUAACUUUUCUAUUGUUU